UAAAUUUAUGUUUGUAGCUCCUAGCUCUCUUUCCAGCACUCAACCACCACCAACUAAAGUACUUCAAUCACAACCACCAACAAUUACACAACCUCCAACAACCAAGCCUCAAACAACAAAACUGGUUACAACAAAUAGUCCAAUAACAAGUCCUCCAACAACAAAUCCCCCAACAACAAAACCUCCAACAACAAAUCCUCCAUCAACAAAUCCCCCAACAACAAAUUCCCCAACAACAAAUCCCUCAACAACAAAUCCCCCAACAACAAAUCCUUCAACAACAAAUCCUCCAACAACAAAUCCUUCAACAACAAAUCUCCCAACAACAAAUCCUCCCACAACAAAUAUUCCAACAGAAAAUGUUUUACCGACCAACCUUUCAACAACAAAUCCUUUAACAAAAUCUCCAGCAACAGAAGUUCCAACAACAAAAAUUCCAACAGCUAAACUUCCAACAACGAAACCUCCAACAACAAGCCCACUAACAACAAACCCUUCAACAACAAAUUCUCCAACAGCUGAUCUUUCAACUGCAAAUCCUCCAACGGUAAAUCCUUCGAGACUAAACUGUCCAACAGCCACUCCUUCAACAGCAAAUCCUUCAAGAGCAGUAUUUUCAACAAUUCCUAACACAACAAUUAAAAUCGGAACAAUGACACAUUCAACAACAGGAAGAGUAACGAUUACCUCUCCAACAAAACAAGAUCCAACUAUGUCCAGAACAACAACUACAAGCUCAUCUAUACAUGUCUCAACUACCAAAAUAGCCACAAAUCAACAAGCAACAAAAAUUGUAACAACAAGAGCUCCAACUAACGCCAAAUCGUCACACAGUGCAGGGACCCAGUUGCUUUCUUCCAAAUCACUAGCUACCACAACAGCCACAGUGACAACAGUAAACCAGCAAAUAACAAGAAUGCAAUCAACUCAAAUUCUAACAUCCACAAGUGCAACCGAAUCAAGACAACCAAAAAGCACAAAUAACCAGUCCGAGCCGACUAGUUCAUAUGACUAUACAACUUCAACAUCAACAGCAAAUGUAAGUGAUCACUUUCCACUCUUUACUACCAACGACUCACAAGGCACUGACAAAACCAUAACGCAAGGAAUUAAAACAACAAUGAACAUUAUCGAUAAACCUAGCGUUUCUGAUCAACCAGAUACUAAUCGCAAUGCAUCUUCAUCAAGUAGCUUAAUAAACUCCACAACGGUGUACAUAGCCGUGAGUGCUGGAGGUACUCUCCUGUUGGUAGUUGUAAUAGUUGUGGUAAUAAUGAUUUUACGAAGACGUCGAGGAAAGCUAACAUUGGGUCGCAACUCAAAGCAACAAAAAGUCAUGAAAGAUAAUUCCAUUUAUGCUAAGAAUGAAGACAUCUGUACAUUGCAACGACAUCAAAAUAAUGUUAACUCAGACACAAAAACAACUUUCCAAAUAAUGAAUCCCGUGUUCAAUAAAGCCAUACCAGAUGGGACAUCUGAACACAAAACUUUCGUAAAUGUAAUUCCUCAAUACACUAAUUCAAUUGCAAGCAGUCAGAUCUCAACAAACAAAGGUUCGAGUUUUGGAAGUGAACAAGAAGACUAUCUGGAACCCAUUAUUACAGCUAAAGUUGCCUCCUUCACCAGCUCAGUAAAUCAAACCAAAAGUUUGAGAAGCGAACAAGAAGAAUACCUGGAACCUAUUACUACAGUUACACCUGCAUCCAUAGCCAGCUCGGUAAAAGAACGCAUUUAUGUUGAACCAGCAAGAACAGAGGAAUCACUGUAUGUGCAAUUAAAGCAAUGGAAACUUCCAAUAAUUGAUCAAAACACUAUCAAAAGAAUCAAGGAGCUGGGAUCAGGAGAGUUUGGCACCGUUUACAAAGCCAAGUGGAAAAAAAGUCAGCAAGAUCGCAGUCUCAUUGUUGCUGUGAAAACGCUGAAUGCAAACGAACCAGGCAGACACGUAAAAUUUCUUCGUGAAGCAGCAAUCAUGGGUCAAUUCAACCACAAGAAUGUUGUUGCCCUCCAUGGAAUUGUUUUAGCUGGGAAGCCUAUUAUGAUUGUUUUUGAAUUUCUUGCAAACGGAGAUCUGAAAGAAUUUCUUGUGAACCGUCAACCCAGUGAUGACUCAAGCCAGUUGCCUACUGACACACCUAAUCGAUUGCUGCGCAUGAACAGAGAAAUAGCAGCCGGCAUGAAAUAUUUAGAAGCAAAGUCUUUUGUUCACAGGGAUCUCGCUAUUCGAAACAUCAUGUUAGAUUUCAAUGAAACUUGCAAGAUUGGAGACUUUGGAUUGGCAAGAGAUUUGGAUGAUGAUGCAUACUAUGUUACAAGCGGUGGUAAAAUACCAGUACGAUGGACAGCACCCGAGGCACUUGAAUACCGUAAAUAUUCAACAGCAAGUGAUGUGUGGAGUUAUGGUGUAGUUUUAUAUGAGAUUUGGUCGAUUGGACAACGACCAUUUGGUGCAGUUGGCAACAAGAAGAUCAUGCAAGAUAUCUUAAAUGGAUAUCGCUUGCCGCCACCACCAGGAUGCCCUUAUGCAAUCUAUCGAUUGAUGAUCAGUUGCUGGCAUCCUGACCAUCACCGUCGACCAUCGUUUCGAAGGGUUGUUUCUUAUUUGUCUACUGAUGACUUGGCAUUAAUAACAAACAAGGCAGGUGAAGAAAGAGUGUUGGGACACCUUGGGGAUAACCUGGACGUUUCCAAGCAUAUGUAUAAAGAUCUACAAACGACAUACAUCGGAAUGACUGAUCAGUGACAAUAAAGUUUCUCAGCUACCAUUCUGUUUGAAUUUGUAUGAAGAAAAACUUGUAGUUUAAAUAGUUUGAUGUGAAAGUUAAGUAAAUUGAUUGAUGUGAU